CCGCCCACCUUGGCCUCCCAAAGUGCUGGGAUUACAGACGUGAGCCACCGUGCCCGGGCUCUUACCCAACCUUUCUUUCUCCCUGAAGUGGUCCUGUUCCCUUAAUUUCUGGCCACUUCUCCUGAGUCCUGCCCUCAUAUUUGGCUCCACCUGGGUCCCAGGCUCUCCCCUCCGCCUUGGGAACUAUACUUUCUGGCUUUUACUGGCUUUUCCCCAUGCCUUUCACCCAACAUAAAUUUGGCACGUUCCAACCGUUUUCAUUACCUAGUCUGUGACUGCUACCCCUGUUCCGUCAGCGUAGCUAGCAGCCCUCUUCUGCGUUCAAAAGGCGCUUCAAGCCACUUUCUGCUAGAAAUCCGGCCAAAGGGCGGAGGCGUCCCUUCUCGGCCGGUUCUCCUUUUCCCUCACAAGGAACUGUUUCCUAACCUUAGUACAAAGUGUAAACGUCGCGGCCAUCUUAGCCUUCUAUUCAGCCGGUGAAAGGGAUUUACCUCCACGCCAUUUUUGUCUUGUGUAAACUGGAGGUUCCGUAUAUGGAACCGUAUUUAUGAAGGGUUGAGGUGCCAGGAUAUGGGCCAGUUUCGGUGCCCUUUCAUCUUCCCCGUCACCUCCGGUCACCAGCGCCAAAACGGCCCCUUUGCCUUGUGUACCUCAGAUACUCAAAGAUGGCGGCCCCCACGGCGACGAGGGCGCGGCCAUGUUGCAUCUGCGCAAACGCUGGGAACGCCUCCUACCUUCGGUAGGCAGUGAGGAGGCCGAGAGAUGAGGCCAGAGCCGACCAAGUUCUGGGAAGUUCUUUCUGACACAAGUAAUAUGACAUCUCUGCCAUGCCCACAGGUGCUGAGAACAGGAGAAGUCAAGUGAAGGAAGGAGGCAGUUUCCAAGACUUGGGUGUCAUCAUUGCUGGGGACAUCUCUGAUUGGCGAUUGAAGUUUCUGAACAGAAAUUUAGAGCUGAUUCAGAAGAGACAAAUACAGAACAUCCAAGUUAGCAGUCAUUUCCCAAAUUUAGGAGACAAUGAUGCAGGCCCAGGAAUCCCUAACACUGGAGGAUGUGGCUGUGGACUUCACCUGGGAGGAGUGGCAGCUCCUGGGCCCUGCUCAGAAGGACCUGUACCGGGACGUGAUGUUGGAGAACUACAGCAACCUGGUGGCAGUGGGGUAUCAAGCCAGCAAACCAGAUGCACUAUCCAAGUUGGAACAAGGAGAAGAACCUUGCACAACAGAAGAUGAAAUCUACACUCGAAUCUGUUGUGAAAUCAGGAAAAUUGAUGAUCCUCUGCAGCAUCACUUGCAAAAUCAAAGUAUUCAGAAGAGUGUGAAACAAUGCCAUGAACAGAAUAUGUUUGGAAAUAGUGUUAAUCAGAACAAAAGUCAUCUCCUGCUGAAGCAAGAUCCUGAUACCUUUGACUUACAUGAAAAACCUUUAAAAUCAAAUUUAAGUUUUGAAAACCAUAAAAGGAGCUCUGGCCUAAAGAACUCUGCUGAGUUUAAUGGAGAUGGGAAAUCCCUUUUUCAUGCUAACCAUAAACAAUUUUAUACUGAAAUGAAGUUUCCUGCAAUUGCAAAACCUAUUAAUAAGUCCCAGGUCGUUAAGCAACAGAGAACUCAUGACAUAGAGAAUGCCCAUGUAUGCAGUGAAUGUGGGAAAGCCUUCCUCAAGUUGUCUCAGUUUAUUGAUCAUCAGAGAGUUCACACUGGAGAAAAACCUCAUGUAUGCAGUAUAUGUGGGAAAGCUUUCUCCAGAAAAUCCAGGCUAAUGGACCAUCAGAGAACUCAUACAGGACUGAAACAUUAUGAAUGCACUGAAUGUGACAAAACUUUCCUCAAGAAAUCACAGCUCAAUAUACAUCAGAAAACUCAUAUGGGAGAGAAACCUUACACAUGUAGUGAAUGUGGGAAAGCCUUCAUCAAGAAGUGUCGGCUCAUUUAUCAUCAACGAACUCAUACAGGAGAGAAACCUCAUGGAUGCAGUGUAUGUGGGAAGGCCUUCUCUACAAAGUUCAGUCUCACUACACAUCAGAAAACUCAUACAGGAGAAAAACCUUAUAUAUGUAGUGAAUGUGGAAAAGGCUUCAUUGAGAAGAGGCGUCUUACUGCACAUCUUCGAACUCAUACUGGUGAGAAACCCUUUAUAUGCGAUAAAUGUGGGAAAGGCUUCACCUUGAAGAACAGUCUUAUCACACAUCAGCAAACUCAUACAGAAGAGAAAUUAUAUACAUGCGGUGAAUGUGGAAAAGGCUUUUCAAUGAAGCACUGUCUCAUGGUACAUCAACGAACUCAUACUGGAGAGAAACCUUAUAAAUGCAAUGAGUGUGGAAAGGGCUUUGCCUUAAAGAGCCCACUCAUCAGACAUCAGCGAACACAUACUGGAGAGAAACCCUAUGUAUGCACUGAAUGUCGAAAAGGUUUCACCAUGAAGAGUGACCUCAUUGUACAUCAACGAACUCAUACUGCGGAGAAGCCAUAUACAUGCAAUGAUUGUGGAAAAGGUUUCACUGUGAAGAGCCGCCUUAUUGUGCAUCAGCGAACUCAUACUGGAGAAAAACCCUAUGUAUGUGGUGAGUGUGGAAAAGGCUUUCCAGCAAAGAUCCGGCUAAUGGGACAUCAACGAACUCAUACAGGAGAGAAACCUUAUAUUUGCAAUGAGUGUGGAAAAGGCUUCACUGAGAAGAGUCAUCUCAAUGUCCAUCGGCGCACUCAUACAGGAGAGAAACCCUAUGUAUGCAGUGAAUGUGGCAAAGGCUUAACUGGCAAAAGCAUGCUCAUUGCACAUCAGCGAACUCAUACUGGGGAGAAACCUUAUAUAUGCAAUGAAUGUGGAAAGGGCUUCACCAUGAAGAGUACUCUUGGUAUACAUCAGCAAACUCAUACUGGAGAGAAGCCAUACAAAUGCAAUGAAUGUGAUAAAACCUUCAGGAAGAAGACAUGCCUCAUACAACAUCAGCGUUUUCACACAGGAAAGACUUCCUUUGCAUGCACUGAAUGUGGAAAAUUCUCUUUGCGCAAAAAUGAUCUUAUUACACAUCAGAGAAUUCACACGGGAGAGAAACCAUACAAAUGCAGUGACUGCGAGAAAGCCUUCACUACAAAGUCAGGGCUCAAUGUUCAUCAAAGAAAACAUACAGGAGAGAGGCCCUAUGGAUGUAGCGAUUGUGGGAAAGCUUUUGCCCACUUGUCUAUCCUUGUUAAACACAAGAGAAUUCACAGGUAGUCAUAUUGGGAAAGCCUCUUGCCAGAUGUAGGCCCUCAAGAUAUCUGCAAAGAAGAGUAAUUUUGUGAAUGCAGACUAUGUUUGUUUGUUUAGUGAUCAAUUACCUCAUAUUUUGUGUCAGAGAAAACAGUACAAAACAUUUGAGAAAAUGUUUUAGGACAUUAUGUCUAAAAAUUUUAUACUGAGAAAAGCCCUAUGAAUGUGGCAGACUAUGAAAGCCUUUGGUGGGAAGAUAAACCCCCUCAGAAGUGAUCAUAGAUCAUGAAUAAACUACUAAUUGGUGGAAAUGUAAUAAUUAUAGGAAAGUCUUUGCCCAAAAAUAAUACCUCAAUAGAUUGAGAGUUCACACUGGAGAAAUACUUUCCUCUGGCAGUGAAUAUGGCAGGGUUUUCAAUAAAAUGUUUUGCCUCAUCAUGUGCCAGGAAAUAAUGCAGAAAAUAACUUAUGAAAACAUUUAAUGUACAAGACUUUCAGGAAAAUAUCAGAGAACUUAAUGCAAGAAAGAGGCCUUGGCAAAAUGAUGGAUGAGAGCUUUCUGUCACAAUUCUAACCUUGGAAGAUAAUAGCCUCAUGUGCAUUUGGGAACAGGAUACCUUGAGCCAUAUUCCUAGUUGCCUUGUCACUGAUUUUAUACAUUUUAAAUUGUGACUUCCUCUAAUCAUGAAUUAAAAUUUAAUAUUGUACACAAUAUAGGAAUAUUUUUUGCCUGCUUCAUUUUGUUAUAUGAUUAACUCCUGCA